AUGAUGAGGGAGAUAACGACUGGAGGGAUAUAAGUGGGAGGAAACUUUGGAGUUAAGCAGAGGAGGGAAGAGCUAAUCUUUAUAAAGUCAGACAGUAGGACCAGAGAAAGAAACUAUUUCUUGAGACAGUUUUAAGCUGCAACCAGACUAUCUCAGCAACAGAGAAGGAGCCUGUUGCAGUUACUAAACUGCCAGUGUGAAUUAGUUUGUAAAUUUUGUGCUGCUGAGGACUUGUACGUGGGUGAUCAUGCAGGUGUUGGAGAAGAGGUUGUCGGUCAGACGCUACCUCACCUUUGCUACGGGGCUAGUGGAGUGCUUAUGCUUCGCCGGGGCUGUCUUUGGAUGGGCUAGUCUUGUUACUGUCCUCAAAGCAGAUGGAUACUUCAGCUUUCUGUGUGCUAAUGCAACAGGAGACAAUCACACUCAAAUAUUAGACUGCAGUGCACAGGAUGAACAGUUCUCUCUUAUUUUCACCAUUGCCUCUUUUAUGAACAACUUCCUCACUCUGCCCAAUGGCUUCCUUUUUGAUCACUUUGGUACCACAGUUGCUCGGCUCUUUGCAAUAUUUCUUUAUACCAUGGGUACGCUGAUGGUGGCUUUCUCUUCACCAGCUCUGCCUUACCUGCUCUUCCCGGCCCUCCCAUUAAUGGCUGUGGGCGGCAUAUUAUUUCUCAUCACAAACAUGCAGGUUGGAAACCUUUUUGGUUCACAUCGCUCCACCAUCAUCAAUCUUUACAAUGGUGCUUUUGAUUCUUCCUCAGCACUCUUCCUCAUCAUUAAGUUGGUGCAUGAGUCUGGCGUCUCCCUUCAUUCCGCCUUCCUAUUUCUUACUGCCUGCAGCAUCUUUCACAGCCUCAGAACCUUCUUCCUGCUGCCCAGAAACUUCAUUCCUCACCCGCUUCCUGAUCAAUACUCAUACGGGAUUUCUUGCGGUGCUUCACAGCCUGUGAGCAGAGAGGUGACUGCAAAUUGUUGUGGACAUUCAGCACUGGAGGACACAAUGUGUACACAUAGUGUCCCAUUCAAGCAUGAGAAGACUUUUCGUGAGUGUUUGCUGUCCAGGUUCUUUGUGUGCCACCUGCUCUGGCUGUCAGUGAUGCAGCUCAGGCACUACCUGUUCAUCGGCACCCUCAACCCCAUGCUGCAGAGGCUGACAGAAGGAGAUUCCUCUCUGGUAAGCCAGUACACCAAUGCCUUUGCUUUCACCCAGCUGUGUGCUGUUCUGUGUGCUCCCUGGAACGGUCUCAUUAUGGACAGACACAGGGGCAGGUCUCGAGCUGCAGGAGAAACAGAGCACGAGGCUGACCUGCGAGCUUCUGUGCUUUCCUUAUUCCUGACGGCGCUGCAGUGCGUGUUGUUCUCUCUUUGUGCCUCCACCCCCUACCUGCCUCUUCAGUACCUCACCUUCAUCCUGCAGGUGCUCAACCGCUCCUUCCUGUACGGUGGCAUUGCAGCCUUCAUCAGCGUGGCAUUUCCUUCACGUCACUUUGGAAAGCUGUAUGGUCUUGCCAUGUCGCUGUCUGCGUCUUUUUCUCUGCUCCAGUAUCCUUGCUUUGCUUUGGUGAACGGAGCUCUUGGUGGAGAUCCUUUAUAUGUGAACAUUGGCCUGACACUGCUAUGCCUGCUGGCUUUUAUACAUCCCCUUUCUGUAUAUCUUCAUUGUCGAAAACUUGCAUCUCAGAGAGACAAGAUCAAAGCCAUCCCUUUGUCCUCUUGAAGACAACAGACUUAUGGGAUAAGGUUGACAACACACAGGAUAUAACUCUUCAAUUUCACCAAUGGAGACAGAAAUUUGUUUUUAUCUAAUACACAAGAUCUGCAAACAGUAUGGUGACCCCUAAGUGUAACAGACAGGCUUUUUCAUGAGUUUAUUUCCUAACAACCACAUAGUUUGCCCGGAGCUUCACAAUUUAUCUGAGCCACAGGAACCAUGCUGCUGAUGAAAGGUCAUCUGUAAUUCACCAACACACACAGCUUUCUUUCCCCUAUCUACUCCAAAAAUCACAUGAGCACAUACCACAGUCCUGUUGAAGUGUUAAAUCUGGCAGUUCUGGCUCUGAGAGACCAUGUUAUGGAUUCUACUUUGAUUGAACCCCCUCCCAAAAAAACGGAAAAAAAAACAUCCAAACCUUCAUGUUCAGGAG